AUGGGAAACGUGAUGGAGGGGAAGUCAGUGGAGGAGCUGAGCAGCACCGAGUGCCACCAGUGGUACAAGAAGUUCAUGACCGAGUGCCCCUCCGGCCAGCUCACCCUCUACGAGUUCCGCCAGUUCUUCGGCCUCAAGAACCUGAGCCCCUCGGCCAGCCAGUAUGUGGAGCAGAUGUUUGAGACCUUUGACUUCAACAAAGACGGCUACAUCGACUUCAUGGAGUACGUGGCGGCGCUCAGCCUGGUCCUCAAGGGGAAAGUGGAACAGAAGCUGCGCUGGUACUUCAAGCUCUACGACGUCGAUGGCAACGGAUGCAUCGACCGCGACGAGCUGCUCACCAUCAUCCGGGCCAUCCGAGCGAUUAACCCCUGCAGCGACUCGACCAUGAGUGCAGAGGAGUUCACCAACACCGUGUUCUCCAAGAUUGACGUCAACGGGGAUGGGGAGCUCUCCCUGGAGGAGUUCGUGGAGGGCGUCCAGAACGACCAGAUGCUCCUGGACACGCUGACGCGAAGCCUGGAUCUUACCCGCAUUGUGCGCAGGCUCCAGAACGGCGAGCAAGAUGGGGAGGCGGCUGGCGGCGGGGCGGCUGAGGCAGCAGGCUGAGCCCACCCCCAGCGGCUUCUGUGCUGGGGAGGGGGUGUGUGGUCGUGCUGGUGUCGUCCUCCUCGUUGUUUUAAUACUAGAUGGAGUCUGUGAACUCAUAGGCGCAGCUUACCUCUUGGGGGUGCACGGUGGCAGCACAGGGGCAGGGGUGGGGGCCCAGAGCAGGAGAUGGUGAAGGAUGGUUCCAGAACCCUCCGCGUGACUCAGCUGGUGGUGGCCGCUCCCUGGUGGGGGCACUCCUCCACAUCCCUCUGCGUCCUCCCUUCUGGCCCCUCCCCCAGCUUUUCCCAGCUUUCCCCUCUGAGCUUCUCCAGUUCCACUCUCUUCUAGACAUGGAGGCUCUGAGGCAGAGCUAGGCUUUCCCGGGACCCUGAUGGACUCCUGCAAAUCCGGGCCCAGGCUCCAUCCCGGUGCUGCAAUCACACACGCAUCCCACCCUAGGACCCUGGAGCCCAGUUGUGG